AUGUCACAAGGGAGAAAUGUCACAGACAAUGAUAUCAGUAUGGUUCCGAGGGGUAGUAAAACGGCAAAUAAAACCCCGAGUCAAACAAACGGUAACAAAUCCUCAGCCGUAUCUCUGACUCCGAGUCAAAAGGCGAAUCAAACGGGAAAACAACAAACGGGGAGUCAACCGGGGAGUCAAACGGGAAAACUACAACCGGGGAGUCAACCGGGGAGUCAAACGGGAAAACAACAAACGGGGAGUCAACCGGGGAGUCAAACGGGUAAUCAAAUGGCGGAACAAUCGGUCGUGAGUACCGGUGGCGCCGGUGGCUCCGGUGGCUUUGGUGGCCCCGGUAAUCUUGGGGGCUCCGGUAAUCUCGGGGGCUCCGGUGGCCACGGUGGCUCCGGUGGCCCCGGUAAUCUUGGGGGCUCCGGUAAUCUCGGGGGCUCCGGUGGCCACGGUGGCUCCGGUGGCCUCGGUGGCUCCGGUGGCCCCGGUAAUCUUGGGGGCUCCGGUAAUCUCGGGGGCUCCGGUGGCCUCGGUGGCUCCGGUGGCCUCGGGGGCUCCGGUGGCCACGGUGGCUCCGGUGGCCUCGGUGGCUCCGGUGGCCACGGUGGCUCCGGUGGCCUCGGUGGCUCCGGUGGCCACGGUGGCUCCGGUGGCCACGGUGGCUCCGGUGGCCUCGGUGGCCACGGUGGCUCCGGUAGACCCUCCAGCGGUCCGUCGGUCAUUCCAAAACCCAGCAAAACGGAAACACCGAGUAGUAAAGGAUCGAACGUCGACAUAUUAAGCACCGAAUUUGUUUAUUACGGGGCCGUUUUGAAAAAUUUCGUACCGACUUUGUCUCGCGAAUACGACAAACUCACGUCGCAUUUAUGGAUAAGAAAACUUUUCAAACCGGAAUAUCAUUCGUCGGUUUUAAAACCCAAAAGAAACAAGUAUUUGCUGUAUUUGACGAUAACUUUAUACAACGACGAAACGUUUGGAAUAUUCCGUCAAGAACCGCCAUUGGGAGUUUUACCGGAAAUAAAAGAAAUCAGCAUGGGUAAACCGCUUCCGCUCGCAUCGUGGGAAUUAGAAAAACAAUGGGAAGAAACAUUGAAUGAUUUACCGGCGGAAAUGAAACACACGGAUUGUUAUUUACACGACGGAAAUUGUCCACAAGCCACGAACAAUCUCGGACCCGUUUUAGAUUCUCAAUUUCAAUUUUUUCUCUGGCUUUCCCGACCCUACAUAGCUCUACUUCCGGAUCCGGAAGAGAAAACUAUCGCGGCUUGUUGGGUUCAAUUACUCUGUGGAAUCGCACCGGAAGAAGGAAACUGCAUAGAAAUGAAAGAAUUACGUAACGAGUACUUACAGGCUCUCAUAGGGUACGUUCACGAUUUGAGAAUUGAAGGACCCUUUCGUCGCAUGCCCCUACUCGGACCCAUACCUCCGUUGGUCUCGUGGUACGAUCAAUGUCAAAACGAUCCGGAUUACAAGGAUUCCAUCGAUAAGGAAGCCGAACAAUUUAUACAAAGUCAACCGCAACCGGAAAGCGGUGCAUUCGCUUACAUAAACGUCACCGGAGAAUUAUUCGGAACUUCACUAUGA